AUGGAUAUUACGCCGUACGUCGAAUCAUUCGACACAUUUCUGUUUUUUGCCAGCAGAACAUUUUGUAGUCCGUUGGCCAUUUUUGUUCAGAUCCAGGGAUGUGUAAUAUGCUUACUCCUGGCUGUUGGAUGGUCUCUAGCAGCUUAUAUCAGAAUAAGAGAAAUAUGGGAGAUGGAAAUAUCCAUGCAAGGUGGCAAUUCCUUUGCAUUUCUUUCUCAUGAUAUCCAUGAUCUUGAACAUUCUAAGCAAGAAGACUUGCCAGGAGUUACAGUAGUUAUGCCCUUGAAAGGAUUUGGAGAACACAAUAUACACAACUGGAAAACCCAGAUAACAUCUCUUUAUGGUGGGCCCUUAGAGUUCCUAUUCAUUGUUGAUAGUACUGAAGACCCUGCAUAUCAUGCUUUAUCUAACUUACUUAUAGAUCACGAGGAUGAGAUUGAUGCAAGCAUAAUAAUAGCUGGCCCAUCUACAACAUGUAGUCAGAAAAUUCAUAAUCAGUUGGUUGGAAUGAAGAAAAUGAGUGAAGGAAGCAAAUACGUAUUAUUUCUAGAUGAUGAUGUUAGGCUGCAUCCUGGAUCAAUUGGAUCCUUGAUUGCUGAAAUGGAAAAGAAUCCUGAGAUAUUUAUUCAAACAGGCUACCCCCUUGAUUUACCUUCUAGGAGUUUAGGCAGCUACUGUAUUUAUGCAUAUCAUAUGCCAUGCUCAAUGGGAUUUGCAACUGGUGGAAAAACAUUCUUCCUCUGGGGAGGUUGCAUGAUGAUGCAUGCAGAUGAUUUCAGAACUGACAAACAUGGCAUUGUAUCACAACUUGAAGAUGGUGGAUAUUCAGAUGAUAUGACUCUUGCAGCUAUAGCCGGAGCUCAUAAGAGGCUUAUAACAUCACCUCCUUUUUCUGUUUUUCCACAUCCUCUUGCUAGUGAUAUUACUCUCUCAAGGUAUUGGAAUUAUUUACGAAAGCAAACAUUCGUGUUGGAGUCAUAUACAACAUAUGAAAACUGGAUAAGAAAUCGUGCAUUAUUUUAUACACACUGCUACUUAUCUUGGGGAUUUGUAGCCCCAUAUGUUAUGGCUGUUUUUCAUGUUGUAGCUGCAAUUAGAUUGAAGUUAAAUGAGUAUUUUCUUGAAGAACAUAUUUUUGACCCUAUUGGUUUGAUAUUGGCUGGGUUUCUAGCUAUAUGCACUGGCAUUACACUUCAUUCAAUGUGGAAUAUGACAAGAAUAGAAGUUGAGUUAUGCAACAUGUUGUCCCCUGAGUCGCCUACAUUGUCUCUUAAAUCUUACAAUUGGUUUUUGGUGUUUGUUGCAAUGUUGGUGGACAAUUUUUUCUACCCGAUUUCAGCAUUUUGUUCCCAUUUUUCUCAGUCUGUUAUUUGGUCUGGUAUUCGGUAUUAUUUGAGGAGGGGGAAGAUAGUAAAGAUUGAAAGAAGCCAAAAGGGUAGGAAACUUUCAGAUUUAGCAGCUAAGCGUUUGUAUGUGAAGAAAAGAGGAGAUCAAGAACAAGAACAAGCUCAAGCUCAAGCCAAACCCUCAAUUGCACGUCAUUUAUCAAAAAGUUUUCGUUGGAGAUUACCAAAAAAGCAUCAAAUGUAA